CAGGAGAGGAAGGAACAAUAAAGGGACCUUUAUCAUGGACAAGAGACGCUAUACUCUGGAGCCCCCAGAGGUCAAAGACUACUUGGUCAAAGGAGACAGGUUUACCAAAUGGUCCGAGGACUCAACCAAGACGGUGCCUGUAACUAUGAAGAUGGACCCUAAAGGUUACUACCUCUACUGGACCAACCAAAGUAAGGAGACAGAGUUCCUGGAUGUUGCAACCAUUAGAGACACCAGAUCCGGAAAAUAUGCAAAACUUCCUAAACACCCUAAAGUCAGGAAUGUGUUCAACUUGGACUUUCCAAACAGCGACCAUCUACUCAAAACCCUGACUGUAGUCACAGGCCCUGACAUGGUGAAUUUGACUUACCUCAACUUCUUUGCUUACAAGGAGAAAGUGACACAGAACUGGGCUGCUGAUAUCCUGUCCAUUGUGUACAACCCAUUGAGGAACAAUGCAUGCAGACAAGUCUUCCUGGAGAAAAUGUACGUUCGCAUCUCCCUUCACACCAAUAAGGAUGGCAAGAUCCCUGUCAAAACUAUUUACAAGAUGUUUCCAGCUGACAAGAAAAGGGUGGAAGGUGCCCUGGCUUCAGCCCGCCUCCCCAAAGGAAAGGGCGACACUAUGAAACCAGAUGUCUUCACAGAAGCUGCUUUCAAGCUCUUCCUGAUGAGUCUUUGCCCCCGACCAGAGAUCUAUGAGAUCUUCACAUCCUACUCUGCCAAGGCUAAGCCAUAUAUGACCAAGGAGACCUUGGCUAAGUUCAUCAAUGAGAUGCAGCGCGACUCCCGCCUCAAUGAGGAGCUCUUCCCCCGAAUCAGACCUGACCAAGUCAAGGCUCUCAUUGAAAAGUAUGAGCCCAGCUCCUCCAACAGAGGUCAGAUUUCUCCAGAAGGUCUGCUUCUCUACCUUAUGGGGCCUGAGACGUCUGUGGUCAUACUGGACAAGUUGGCCAAGUGUCAUGACAUGAGCCAGCCGCUGCCUCACUACCUCAUAAAAUCUUCCCACAACACAUAUCUGACAGCUGGUCAGUUUUCCGGAGCGUCAUCUCCAGAGAUGUACCGCCAAUGUCUGCUGGCCGGCUGCCGUUGCCUGGAGCUGGACUGCUGGAAGGGAAAGCCACCAGAUGAAGAGCCCAUCAUCACCCAUGGUUUCACCAUGACAACUGAGAUCCUGUUCAAGGAUGUGAUUGAAGCCAUUGCGGAGAGCGCAUUCAAGACCUCCCAAUACCCAGUCAUCCUCUCCUUUGAAAAUCAUGUGGACUCGGUGAAGCAGCAGGAGAAAAUGGCCAACUACUGUAGGACCAUAUUUGGAGAUAUGCUACUAACUGAUCCUCUGGAAAAUUACCCUCUGAAGCCUGGCCUGCAGAUCCCCAGCCCAGCGGAGCUCAUGGGCAAGAUCAUAAUCAAGAACAAAAAAGGCAGCCAGGAGAAACCAAACCUGGCCAGUCCCAAGAAGACAGCAGGAUUGGAACAGACCACAGCCACAGCUAGCCCUGGCAUGGUGCCCAGCCAGGAUGGAGAGCUGACCAUGACUGGGGAGGUGACCAUUACAGACGACCCAGAUGAACAGCAGGAGGAGGAAGAUCAGGAUGAGGAAAAGAUGAAGAACUCUGAUGAGGGAACAGCAGGACAGGAAGUAACAGCAUAUGAGGAGAUGUCUGCAAUUGUGAACUACAUCCAACCCACUAAAUUCAUCUCUUUUGAAAACUCCAGAAAGAAAAACAAGAGCUACCUCAUCUCAUCCUUUGUGGAGACAAAAGGGGAGAGCAUGAUCUCCAAGAAUGCAGUGGAGUUCGUGGAAUAUAACAAGAGGCAGAUGAGCAGGAUUUACCCCAAAGGGACCAGAAUGGACUCUUCCAACUACAAUCCUCAGCCCUUUUGGAACGCCGGCUGCCAGAUGGUAGCACUCAACUACCAGACAAUGGAUUUCCCAAUGCAGCUAAACAUGGCUUUAUUUGAAUUCAACGGAAGGACAGGCUACCUCCUCAAGCAUGACCUCCUCCGACGUAGUGACAAGAAAUUUGACCCCUACUGUGACAGGAUCGACACCCUCGUGGCCAACACACUAACAAUCAAGAUCUACUCAGGACAAUUUCUUUCAGACAAGAAUGUGAAGACAGGCGUAGAGGUGGAGAUCAUUGGGUUGCCAGGAGACCCCAAGAAGAAGUAUCGGACCAGGUGGUCUUCCACAGCCAAUGCCCUCAACCCAGUGUGGAAUGAGGAACCAUUUGUUUUUGAGAAGAUCCUGCUACCUGACAUGGCCUCCCUUAGGGUUGUGGUAUACGAAGAGGGAGGAAGGUUUCUGGGCCACAGGACUGUCCCCAUUGGGGCUCUUCAGUCAGGCUUCCAACACAUUUGUCUGCGUAGCGAGAGCAACAUGCCACUCACUCUGCCUGCUCUCUUUGUGUAUAUUGAGGUCAAGGACUACAUCCCUGCCGCUUUUGCUGAUUUCACAGAUGCUUUAUUCAACCCAACAAAGAAUUCUGAGAAGACAUCAAAGACAACAGAGUCGUCAGCAGAUUACGUCUCCCCAUAUGAGAUGCCCCUUGUCAAUGGAGAACAGAUUGUAGGAGAGAUGGCUACACCUAAAGAAAUCGAACCAGAAGUUAAAGCCUCUGUAGUGGAGGAUGAAGAUACUACCCAGGAUACUUCAUCUACUCCUGAAGAGGUCACCACAUACCUCAGUCCCUCUACAGUGGAGGAUGAUGAUACUACCCAGGAUACUUCAUCUACUCCUGAAGAGGUCACCACAUACCUCAGUCCCUCUACAGUGGAGGAUGAUGAUACUACCCAGGAUACUUCAUCUACUCCUGAAGAGGUCACCACAUACCUCAGUCCCUCUACAGUGGAGGAUGAUGAUACUACCCAGGAUACUUCAUCUACUCCUGAAGAGGUCACCACACACCUCAGUCCCUCUACAGUGGAGGAUGAUGAUACUACCCAGGAUACUUCAUCUACUCCUGAAGAGGUCACCACAUACCUCAGUCCCUCUACAGUGGAGGAUGAUGAUACUACCCAGGAUACUUCAUCUACUCCUGAAGAGGUCACCACACACCUCAGUCCCUCUACAGUGGAGGUUGAUGAUACUACCCAGGAUACUUCAUCUACUCCUGAAGUGGUCACCACAUACCUCAGUCCCUCUGUAGUAGAGGAUGAUGAUACUACCCAGGAUACUUCAUCUACUCCUGAAGAGGUCACCACACACCUCAGUCCCUCUACAGUGGAGGAUGAUGAUACUACCCAGGAUACUUCAUCUACUCCUGAACAAGCGCCUCCACAGCCUGACCCCAACAUGGACACCCAGUCACAGUCACCGGCAUCUGUUGAACCCGUCCAGAGUAUCGAAGAAGUUCCAGAGCAUUUGGCCCUUUGUGAUGACCCUGAGCUUGACCCAGAGCCGACACCAACCACCGAGUUGACCGCUGACCCCAAGGUUGAUGCCACGUCCCUUUCGGACCCAAGUAGUUAUGUUGAUGCCGCCCCAAAUCUUGACUCCAUUUUAGAUGUAUCCUCUGAUGUCAUCCCUCAACCUGAUCCAGAUGUGGAAUCCACUCCUGUGGCUGACCCUGCUAUUACUCCUGUCUCUCUGUCUGAGGCCAGCUCAUCCAACCUGCCGCUUGAGGAUUCCACUCUUCUAGUUACCAAUGAAGAAGUGUCCACAGUUCCCUGUGAGGAGCUGCUGCAGCACAAGAGCUUCCUAAAGGUCACCAAGAGACAGCAGAAAGACAUGAAGGAACUGGAGAAAAAGUUCCUGAAGAAAGGAGAGGAGCUCAUGCAGAAAUACAGUGACACCUUCAAAGCCCUCAAGAAAAAGACCUCCAUGAAGAAAAAAGACGGAGGAGGUGAGACAGCAGAGCCUGACUCCAAAGUGGAGAGGGGAAGGGAGCAGAAGGAGAGGCUUCAGGUGGAGCUCAGAGCUUUGUGGGUGGAGCAGUGUGAUCAGCUGAAGAAGAAGAAGGAGCAACAUGCCACAGAGCGACUAGCCAAGCUUUUAGAGAUGGCCACAGAAAGACACAUCAGUGAACUUAACGCUCUGGAGAGUGAAUCUACGAAAACAAAAAAGAAAGGGCAACCAAAGCGCUCCAGUUUGGACAAGGCAAGGCUGAAAAGGGCUUUGAGCGUGGACCUGGCUGAGGAGUCUGCCCAAACUGACACAUUGUCCACUGACAGCAGCCCUCAGCAGGAUGCUUUGGUGAAGAAACAAAUGGCCACAUUGGAUCAGAUUAAGGGCCUAGCCAAUCAGCUCAAUCUAGAGGCCCUGGCAGAGAAUGAGAGGAGGAUGAGGUCACUCCCUGUCGACUUGAGGGAGGCUGUAAACGCGUGUGUGGGGCCCCAUUUCCCUGAUCUGGUGGACCAGGCUGGGGAGAGGCAGCAGGAUGGGGUUUGCUUCUAUGGAAAUGUCUUUCUGGGAUAAACAUGCUCCUGGCCAUUUCUCCUCUGACUACUCAGUCACAAGUGUUUUUCUUUGAGAGUCUUGCCCUGGAGACAGCUCUAACCAGAAGGCAGAAAUAUGUCAUUGUUUGUCUCAAUGGUGAGGGUGGACUUUUCAUUUUAAAUGACGCUCUAAGAGGACAUUGACCAGGGUUGACCUCUACCCUAAAGCAUAUUCAUAACCCUGACCCAACCCUAUACCCCUAAAGCAUAUUCAUAACCCUGACCCAACCCUAUACUUACCUCUUAAUACCUCUGAACAUUUCAGUGGGUUGACUCAAGAGGCGGGAGGUCAGCUCAUCCUCACCAUUUAAUACAGUGGUUCCCAAACCUCUCCUGGGCCCCCCCCCAGCCAUUCCAUCUA